AUGUCUGCCUUCUUAUUGAAUGCACGGAAACGUCGUAUGCUUGGGCUUGCAGCAAUUGCGCUAUUUAUAGUGCUUUUGGUCUCUGUUACAGGGUCAUCUUCGUCUUUGGUUAAGAGUACCAAGGAUAGAGCUGCUUCUGCUGCAUAUAGCGACGAGGUUAAGGACAAUGCAAAACCUAUACAUGGUGGCGCUGCGUCAGAGUAUGAGGUUUUUGGAGAUUCGAACUCAAACGGAGACAAAGAACCAAUUAACGUUGAUACAAAGAAAUUGAUUAACGCCAAUGAUAUGGUUAAGGAUAAGAAGUCGGGAGUUAUUGACGAGUCCAAGGUGAAGGAGGCUGAGGAUAACAAAAGAGGUCUUUCAGGUGAUAUUCCGUUAGUCGCUGGGGAUGAUGCAGCUGCUGCUGCAGGUUAUGCUAAGCAAGAAGAAGCAGCAGAAAGCGACGUUAAGGGAAAUAUGAGAGGAAGUUCUGUUGCCAGUGCUGAAGGAGCACAAGCUAGUUCUGCUUUCGGUAUGGAAGACUCGAAGGGUUCUGAGGCAAAGACGGCUAUUGGAUCGAAUUCGAACUCUGAUAGUGAUAGUGGAUUAUCGCCUGCUCCAAUUCAAGCGGAUAUGCAGCUUCGUAGUGCCAAGAAGAAGACUCACAGUGUUGUCGAUGAGGAUGAAGAUGAUGAUGCUAGUGGAAAAGAUAACGAUGGCAACAGCGUUUUGGUGGAUGAUGACAAGGAACAUAUGCAGUUGAGCAGAUCUAGACUUCGUCCUGGUGAAAAAUCUGAUAGCCUGGUGGAGGUGGCUAAAGGAGCAUUUGAUGCAGCCAAGGAAUACCAGGAAAUCUUACAGCUCUCGCCGGUGAUCAUAUUCUCCAAGACGUAUUGUCCAUAUUCGAAGAAACUAAAGGAGAUACUCACUGUUAACUAUGAAAUUACGCCUAUACCAGUGAUAGUUGAGUUGGAUAUGCACCAUCAUGGAGAAUUCUUACAACAGUAUGUUGGCAAGAAGACAGGACGCAGUACCGUGCCAAAUCUAUUGAUAAAAGGUGUUAGUAGAGGUGGAUGCGAUGAGAUUAGUGAGCUUCACGAGUCAGGAAAAUUGUUGGGUAAAUUGAAGCAGUGGGCUGGAAGCAUUGCCAAAAUUGAAAAGGUUAAUGCGCCUUCAAACAGCUAG